UUCUCCCCUAUCCUUUCUCUGUCUCCUUCCUGCAUUUCGCACUCCCUCCCCCCGUACCCCACCCUUCCUCGCUCGUCCGCGACUGCGGCGACAAGCCUCCAGAUCCCGCCGCCUCUCCCCGUACCCACCCUUCCCCGCCCGCCCGCGACUCCGGCGAGAAGGCUCCAGAUCCCGCCGCCAUUGCUCGAACAGUCCCGGUGGAUGAAAGCCCUGAUGGAGAUCACUGACCCACGGGCCUACCUUACGCACAGUUUGCCCGCAAAGAGAGGAGCGGAGGUGACAGACUGUGCCAUCGAGGCUCCCAAUUCAAUUGUGUUCCCCCAGGCCGAGAAUAGAAUGCACGCUCAAAAAUAGCAUACCAUCUUCAAAUAGCCCGAGGAAAUUACCAAUUAAUAGGUGUAUGAAGCCCUGAUGGAGAUCACUAGCCCACGUGCCUACCUUAUUCACUGUUUGCCCGCAGAGAGAGGAUUGGAGGUGACAGACGGUGCCAUCGAGGCUCCCAAAUCAAUCGUGUUCCCCCAGGCCGAGAACAGAAUGCACGCUCAGAAAUAGCAUACCAUCUUCAAACAGCCCGGGGAAAUUACCAAUUAACAGGGGUGAUAUUGUUGAAGUAGAUACAUGGAUUAGUGCUAAUGGUAAAAAUGGAAUGCGUAGACAUUGGCAUGUACAUGAUUCUAUAACAAGCCAUACAAUACUAAAGGUGACAAGGUUCAAAUCUACGUCGUGCUCAUAUGUCUAUAUCUUUAAUCAAUUUUAUUAGCAAUUUAAUUCUACCAGCUGCCAUGUUACGUUUGACACAACACUUAUAGUUUCUCUGCUAAAAAACAACAAAUCUUCUAGGUGCACCACCGGCACCCUGGAUCAUUAUUGUUAUUUUUUGGUCAUUUAUUCGAUAUUUGGUGUCCUCUUGCUCCUAUUAUCCUAUAAUUCAUCUGCUUGAUAAUCUCUUUUUGUAUAAUGAUGUUUUAUUGGCAUUGCAAGGUUUACCACUGUCUACAACACACAAGUUUGGAUUAUAUCUUGUGUCUCAUAAGCAAUUUGGAAAUAAAAGGAAGUAUACAUUUUUGUUAUUUAGGUGACUGAUACUAUCUAUCACUACAAAGUAGAAAUCUUGGAGUUAUACAUUUUAUUAGGGAGAUGAAGACUAUUUAUAUUAGUUUUAGAUGCAUUCGGUACCCCCUUGUUUUUCGGUGUCAUGAAUCAUGGCCACAUGAGAGAGAAAUACAUGCACAUCCGCACAUGGAAAAAAUGAUACAUGUGUGAGUGGAUAGUUCAUCUAUGAGCAUAACUAAAUUGAACCCUGAUGAUCUUAACCUUAGAUGGUUAUCGAAGGAUGACAUUGGGGAUUUGGACCAUCUUCGCAUUGGUGUUGUUAUUACAUUUUUCAUCAUGUUAGAAUUUAGUGUUUAGGAGGAUUUAUGGGUGGCGUUUUAUUAACAAAACUGCAAAUCUUGUGUUGCAAGGAUGAACUCUUGAUUUCAGCGCUCUCCAGUAUUUACUGAUUAGGUUAUGACCAGUAGUAUUAUUUAUUGUGUAGUGCAGUACUUCUGACUUUUGGUAAUGUGAGGGUGUCGGAGAGGGAAUUCUUCGACCGGGUGGCGGAGUGCACCCGCCCUAAAUCCUAAGAUGAGGAGGGGGCUUAAGCGUUUUGCCUGUUGGUAGAUGAACGAUGAACUCAGGAACACGCGAGGAUUUAGAGUGGUUCGGGCCGCCGGAGCUUAAUACCCUACUCCACUGUAUGUUGGAUUGCUGUGAAAGCUUGAGAGCUGAGAGUCUAAGUCUAAGUUCGGUCUAACUGUGUCUGAGUCUGUCCCUUUGUAAUGUUGCAUGCCUCCCCUUUUAUAGCUAAAGAGGGGCGUACAAGGGUGCUGAGCCCCGACAUGUGGGCCCAGGAAUAUAAUGGAUGUAAUAUUUGGAGUUGGUGGAGCAAUCUUCUUGCACCCUGACAUCCGCGAUCUGCGUGGUAUUGGCGUGCAGGGAAAGCUUCCCUGGCAACGCAUAAGUGAUGAUGGACACAGUGCAUCUUGCAGCACGGGCGUACUGUUUGGCAAUGGACUGGACAGGCACGCCGCCUGCAGGAUGGCCUGGAUGCCGCCUGCCAGCUGAGUGGACAGGUCACAAUAAAUGCUGAGGCGGCACAUCGCCUGUCAGCAGGGUGGACAGGCGGCGCAUCCUCUCCACAAUAAAUGCAGAGAUCGUGCGGCCUAGAGGCCUUACGUCAGGCUCCGCCCGCUGGCUUACGUCACGGGCAACAAGCCAUGUGGCAGCAUCGGGUCUCCGCCUGAGCGGGGAGCGCAAGCGCACAGGAUAAAGCCUGGACACGUGUCAGUACCGGACCCUUGCUUAGGCUAGGGUAUCCCCUGUCUCGGGACCUCGUUAUGGGUGGCCCAGACCUUACUCGGAGGGAUCCGGACCCCAUCCAAGGGACCCAACACGCUUACUUAGUUACUUGGAAGUCCCGGACCAUAUUUGGGGGUUCGGGCUGUGCGUGCAGGGGUCCGGUGCUUCCUCGUGGAGGUCCGGUCCAACAGAUUGCAUCCUGGGACAUAUCAUCUUUUCCGGCCAUGUGGCGCCCCUGGAGUCGUCCACGUGGUGGGGUCGGGUGCUGUUCACCGCGUGGCUAGAGAUUACCGCACAGGCACCGUGCCAUCAUACUGUAGUAAGGGGUACCCCUGAUUCAGGGUACCGACAGAGAGCAUGAGAAUAAGGCAAGGGAAAAAGGCAUAGACACUAGAGGAAUCUGUUUAGAAUUUUUGGGUUGAUUGUUGCUACAUAUGUCGGUGUUUUGGGUCCGACCGCACACCUGGGGUUACCCCUCAAGGUGUUUUUAGGAGUAGGACGGUGUCGACAACUGUAGCAAAAUGGUUCAUGCCGAUUGCACGAGGGACAGUGGACAAGAUUUGCAGGUUCGGGCCGCUUAGAGAUGCGUAACACCCUACGUCCUGAUGAGUAUUUGAGUGCGGUUACAAGAGGGCUCUCUGGAACUGAGGCACAGAGAGUUUACGUGAGUGGCUAAGUAAAGUAGGGUCGAUCCUUCUGAAGGGGUGCCCCCUAGGCCUUAUAUACUCGACCGUGGGGCAGUACACGUGGAUAUGAUAACAACAAGUAGCUGAAAGAUAGUAAACCUCUUGAGUUUAUCCCUACGUAACCCUUGCCGACUUAUCCUCGCAUGGUUCUGUUGCAUGGGGGCUUCAGCGCGGGAAGUCGAGUCUCUGUUGCGAUUUACUCGCCCGACGUUGUGGGCCGUCCGGGUUUGCUCCAAUCCAGUCUUACAUCUUCUCUGCUUCGUUGAUUGUCUCUCCCCAGGCCCACGAAAGAACGACCUUACGAUUUAUUGGGCCCUUGGGCCUUUCGUGAGGUCUUUUAUCUCUUUAGUGGACCCGGGGGAUAUCUAUCCCCCACAAGCCCCCGAUCUUUGGGUUGAUUUAGAGGUAAUCAACUCAAAGAUCCAAGGCCCAAGAAAUGGCUUCCUGCUGUCUUUUCUUGCUCCGAUCACUUGUUCGACCGAAGUUUAGUUUUGUGCUUGUGCCUUAGAGGUCGGCAUUUUGAAUUGUAGAAUUCUGGAUUUCAUUGGGUGCACCGGAGGUGCACCCAAUGGGUGUAGCCCCCGACCUUUGAGUAGAUUUUAGAAAAUGAUCUACUCGAAGGUCUUCCCCAGAAAUUAUCUCUAUGCGCGCUCCUGUACCUUGGUUGAGGAUUGGUCUUUUCAAUCUUGUCCCAUGCCUUAGAAGUCGGCACUAAAUCGGUUUAGAGUGAUAAUCCAUGGGGUGCACCGGAGGUGCACCCAAUGGGUGUAGCCCCCGACCUUCAAAUGGAUUUUUUAAGGAUAAUCCAUUCGAAGGUCUUCCUUUCGUGCCUCUUUGCUGAAAAUCAUCCCUUUCGUUUGUAGAAAUUGGCAUGAAGUUAUUUGCAUUAUGCUUUGGAGGUCAGCAUUAUGUCAUCAAUAUUUUGCUGCAGAGGUCAGCAUAUAUUUUGUCUUUAGCAGCCGAGUUUGCAAUCCAUCCAUAUCUUGCUAGGUAGUGCAAUUUAUUUGCUUCUGCGACUGAUUGGACGUUUGAUGGACGUUCUCUGUCUAGUCUUCACGUCGCUUCUGUCGGCCAUAUUUUGUACUUCGCUGGCUAUAUUUGGCUUUCCUCUGAUCCUUACUGAUAUCUCAUUUUUGUCUUGAGGUAUUCACUGCGUGCCCUGCACAGAUGUGACCGUUUUGAAAAAUAUACUGAUAAUUCCUGGGCGUCCCCCCCAAUGGGUGUGGGCAAGGGACGGCUUGGUACGCUGAGUGUUUUAUCCGGCUGCUUCUGAGUAGUAAUGUGAUGGGACGGCGGGUGUAAUCAUAUCCUUUGCGCUGUUGACUGGAGUCCCAAUGGGUGUAGUGUUGCAUGAAACGGCGUCAGCCGCCUGACGUGUCUUCAGACGAGUGAAAGUACUUAUUGAAUGCUUUGCGACUGUUCAGUGACCGCGGUUGGAGGUGAGCGGUUGUCUUUCCCUUCUAUAAAUAACGUCGUUGCUCCUCUGGUUUUUUCACAUCUCUUCGCUGUUCUUUACUGCAUCCUUCUCUUCUCUCCCGUCUGCUUCCGCCAUGGGCAAGAGUAACAAACGCAAGCGCGAGCCGACUCCUCCGUCGGAGGACUUCGGCGACUCGGAAUACUCGGAGGAGGAGUUCUCCUCCGAGUCCGAGGGGUCUCCGACUCCCGUCUCUCCCCCGACGUCGUCUGAUGAUUCAGACGACUCCCAGGAGAUUGCCGCGGAAGUCUGGACGUACAUCCGGGCCGUCGAGCGCUCCGGGCUCGAGGGCUCGGAUGAGUCGGAGUACUCCUCGGAUGAGGAGGACUCGGACGGCGGUGAGGACGAGGAUGACGACGACGACGGCGACGACGACGACGACGGUGGCGACGGCGACGGUGACGGCAGCAGCAGCGGCGGGGGCAGCAGCGGCGGCGACGGGAGCAAGGGCAGCACCAGAGGCGGCAGCAACAAGGGCAGCACCAGGGGCGGCGGCGGCGGCAGCAGCAGCAAGGCCAGUGGCUAAACGCCACUGGUCUUUAGAUAUUAGUGUAGUGUAGUUAGAAUAAUGUAGUAGUAAUGUAGAGUAGUAUAGUGUAGUAUAGUAGUAGUAGUAAUGUAAUGUAGUAAUAGUAGGGAAGCAUCAACUCGCAAAGAGUUGAUUUGUAAGCUUAUUGUCUUCCCUUAAUGAAAGAAUGACGUUGGCUUCUUCUUGAUGACUCGCUUUGCUUGAUUAUGAAACUGAUUCUUUUGAGAUAGUAGAUGAAUAACUUGGGCAUCACAUUGACGCUUCCAGAAGUAGCUGCCGAGUAAUCUUGUAGUCUAUGUCGACGUUUUAGAAAUAAUGCCGAGCGACUGAACGCUAGAUCAGCGUUUUAGAGGCAACGCCGAGUGAUUGAAGGUCGUCGUCGGCAUUUUAGAAGUAAUGCCGAGCGAUUGAACACGAGAUCAGCAUUUUAGAAGCAACGCCGAGUUAUUGAAGGUCGGCGUCGACAUUUUAGAAGCAAUGCCGAGCGAUUGAACACGAGAUCAGCGUUUUAGAGGCAACGCCGAGUGAUUGAAGGUCGCCGUCGGCAUUUUAGAAGUAAUGCCGAGCGAUUGAACACGAGAUCAGCGUUUUAGAGGCAACGCCGAGUAAUUGAAGGUCGUCGUCGGCAUUUUAGAAGUAAUGCCGAGCGAUUGAACACGAGAUCAGCGUUUUAGAGGCAACGCCGAGUGACUGGAGGUCGCCGUCGGCAUUUUAGAAGUAAUGCCGAGCGAUUGAACACGAGAUCAGCGUUUUAGAGGCAACGCCGAGUGACUGGAGGUCGCCGUCGGCAUUUUAGAAGUAAUGCCGAGCGAUUGAACACGAGAUCAGCGUUUUAGAGGCAACGCCGAGUGACUGGAUGGUGACGUCGGCAUUUUAGAGGUAAUGCCGAGCGACUGAAUAUGAAAUCAGCGUUUUAGAGUCAACGCCGAGUAAUUGAAGGUCGCCGUCGGCAUUUUAGAAGUAAUGCCGAGCGAUUGAACACGAGAUCAGCGUUUUAGAGGCAACGCCGAGUAAUUGAAGGUCGCCGUCGGCAUUUUAGAAGUAAUGCCGAGCGAUUGAACACGAGAUCAGCGUUUUAGAGGCAACGCCGAGUGACUGGAGGUCGCCGUCAGCUUUUUAGAAGUAAUGCCGAGCGAUUGAACACGAGAUCAGCGUUUUAGAGGCAACGCCGAGUGACUGGAUGGUGACGUCGGCAUUUUAGAGGUAAUGCCGAGCGACUGAAUAUGAAAUCAGCGUUUUAGAGUCAACGCCGAGUGAUGAGGUGGCGCAUCGGCUUUUUGGAAAUAACUGCCGGAUGACCACGUGGCCUGCUGGGGUUUUGGAAAUAACCGCCGGGUGAUGACUGGGCACUUUUUGAAACGGUAUCUGGCUCGAGAAUAUCCCAUAAGAGCUGCGCUUUUAGCCGCCUUUGCUUUCCGUGCCCUAGUUCUUGCAUUCCCGCAUCUGAAUCUUCUCUGCCACUCGCCCCCUACUCUGUUCGCCAGUGAGAAGCAAGAUGGCGCCCAAGAGGAAAAUUGCGAACUCGUCUGCUGCAGUGAUCCCCGCAAUCGACCCCAACAGUCAGUUACCCUUCGCAGGUAACCACAUGUCUGUUAUUUCCGAAGCUGAGCUUCUCCGCCUCGUCUCCAUCGGGGUUCUUCCUCCGCGGGAACUCUGUUCUUGGCGGAUUUGCCACGGGACUACUGUCCCAACCGAAGAUACCCACGAGUCAGUAGUUUAUGCUCCUUUUCUUCUCCGCGGCCUCGGCCUUCCCAUCUCUCCUUUUUUCCAUGGCCUUCUUGACUUUUAUCAUAUCAACCUGACCCAUUUGAACCCUAAUUCCAUUCUCCAAAUCUCCAUCUUCGUUCACCUAUGCGAAGCCUACCUCGGUGUGCUGCCGCAUUUCGGUUUGUGGAAGUAUCUGUAUCAUUGUCGCCCUGGGAUGGCCGGGGGGCAACACCAGCUGGUCGGAGGUGCCAGUUUGGAGAUGCGCCGUGGGCGGAAGACUGAGUAUCUUGAGAUUCCCCUCAAAGAUAGCAUUAAAGGGUGGCAUCUGGAGUGGUUUAUAGUUGAUAAUUAUGGAAAUUCUCUCCCCUCCCGGUCAGGAAGACAGCCAGACGUUCGUACUCCGAGUUGGACUGAGUCUCCCACAGAUCAGGAAGUGGCCGAGGCAGGCGUGCUGCUUACUGAAGUCGGAUUACUGAAAGAGAGAGGUCUGACUGCCGAAGCUGUGGUCACUGAUUUUGUUUUCAAGAACAUUCAGCCACUGAAAGACAGGGCCUACCCGGCAUAUCUGUAUCGAGGGCUGGCCGACUCAACUCGGGUUACCAAUAGGAGAAUUCCUUCUGUUGAUUUGGUAAGCCGACUUGAAAUGAUCCUCAGGGGUAAAGUUUCAAAUGUUGGUGCUCCAGUGGCAUACUCGGCUUGGAACCUACCCCCUCCCAAAGCUUUCACCCUUUUUGUGUCAAAUCCGCCUGUGACUGACAGCAAUUUGGGCCUUAGAGUGCGACCCUCUGCUGAAGAAGUCAAUACUUUGGUCGCUUCGCUCGGGACAAUCCCUGAUGAUGAACGGCAGGUUUAUUUUGAAGUGCCUCUGAACCCUAGUGAUGCCGACAUAAAUGAUAUGCUUGAUCUGUUAGCUGAGGAUUCAUCCGAUGCUGCUCCUGAUGGUACGUUGGCAGUGGUGCCCCUUCCAGAGGUUGAUACAACUUUGGAUGUCCCAAAACCUAUCAGCACUCGACCGAGGCGCCCUAGCCGAACCAGUCAGCCCGAGCCUUCUGCUGAUGAGCAAAAGAAAAAGAGAAGACGCCUCCGGCGAGUAUCCAGUUUUGAUGAGGACGCCGGUACCUUAGCUCCUGCUGCUGAAGAAGUGCCUGCAACUGGUCUUACUGACACUGAUCCCGAUGGGUGUGCCCAAACUGUUGCUGAUCCCAAUGGGUGUGCUGCUUGCGUUGCCGCUGUGGAGGAUGAAGAGGAAGAAGAUGAAGCUCCCUUAACUCGGAAAAACAGUCGGCAGUUCAUCGCCAGCGGUGGAAGUAGUGGAGUUCCUUCUCCUGCUUUGUCUGCCCUUAUUGGUCUGCAAGAACUGUCCAUGGCCAACUUUGAUCAAACUCUAGAGGAUAUGGUCCCAGAGGAUUUGCUAUCAGAGCCUGUGGAUGUUGAUGCAACAGAGACUUGUGCUGCCGUGCCCGAUGCUGGGUUGAGGUCAUCCCGUGCCUCGUCGACCUUAGAGCAUGAUCUCGAGGGUCGGGAUGCUGACUUGGAUUGUCCUGGUCCCAUGGAAGUAGCUGAAGGCCCGUCAACCUUAGAGGUGGUUACGGCAGAGAGCUUGGACCCCUUGAAUAGUGCUGACACGCGCCCAGCCCCCGAGGAUGUCGCUGGGGAAGACUUAGCUUGGGUGAAGAGUAUAAGCCACUGCCCAGCCCCCGAGGGUGUUGCCGGGGAUGAUCCGGCUCAAGUGGGCAGUGCCAACUGUGACCCAGCCCCCGAGGGUGUCCGAGCAAGGUCUCCUUCCUGCACUUCCAUGGAUGUUCAUGCGGGUUCACCUCCACACUCUGGCGGUAUAGUGGUGGCCCAAACUCUGGAUCAGGGGGUCGCUUUAGAGGGCAGCAUCCCCACUGGUCUGGCGUUAGGCUCUGUUGAAUGUAUUGAGCUCGUUCCUGCUGGUCCGCUGCAAGCUGCUUCGGGUGGUGGUCUGGCACCUGACUAUCAGCUGAUUUCUCCUGACUUAGGAAUCCCUUCGUUCUUUUCCAACCUCCAUGUACUGUGCUGUACUUUAGCUUGUUCUUUACGUUGCAUGAAUUUUUGUCAUUAUGCUCAUCCGCUUCUUCUCAUCAGGCUUUGGUGGAUGGGAUGGCCAGCCAGCUGAAAUCGCAGGGUGCUUCCAUCCCAGAAGUGGCUUCAUCUCUUGAGCGUUGGAAUCCGGCGUCGCUUCAUCGUCGUGUAUCCGAGUUGGAGGCGACUAAUGCGGGUUGGUGCUCUUCCUCUUCUUCCUUGCCUUUAUUCGUGGAUUGUUUUACCUUCUGACCUCAUUUCGUUUGAUUACCUCUUGAUAGGAAUGACUCGGUAGAUUGCAGUUCUUGAGGAAAAACAUUCCCGAGAUCAAGCUGAAAUGGCUCAACGGUGUGCUGACUUCGAAGAGAAGUAUUCUCAGAGCCAGACUGAACUGAAUCAGGUCUCCGCUGCUUUGGAUGACGCCAACGCUCUGAGUUCUUCUCUUCAUGCUCGGCUUGACUCUGAAAAGGUAACUUACAAAACCGUGCUUUGCCUUAUUACAUGCUUGGAUUCUGAAUGAGUUGAUUUUUGUUUGUAGGAAGAAAAACGUAUCCUUGCUGCCUCUCGCGACAAUCUGGACAGAUUGUAUCGAGACUCUAGCAACUCGCUAACCAUCUUGGAGAGGAGCCACCGUUUUACGAUGGAAGAACUGGACAAUCAGCGUUGCAGGCUGCAAGAAUCUACAGAUGAAGUGACCCGCCUCACGCAAUUGAUAUCAGCAAAGGAUGCCACCAUCAAGGGACUCCGAACUUCUAAGAAAUCCAUUGCUCAGGAGUUAGAAACUGCUCAGCUGGCUGCUAAAGUUGCCGAGGAAACUGCUAUUACUCUCAAAGCUCAGCGUGAUAAAGCCCUGGACAAGGCUAUUCGGGCAGGACGAAUCUUGAUGAGAAGACCCGGCGUGGUUGUCCCUGAAGACAUAAGAGCCGAUGUGAAUGCUGCCCCCGAUUCUUCGAAUCGCCCUUCUUCGUCAGUCGUUCCUGAGAAAGACAUUGGAAAAUAGAGAAACAUUUCGCGUGCUAUGAGCGCGCGGUUAGCAUGAUCAGGUACUUGUUAGGGGUUAUCGGCUUAUCAUUCGAAUGACAUGAUCACAGAAUUUAUUAAUUUGCAAAUUUGUGGUACGCUGCAUGAUGAUUAUGAAGUUUGUUUUCGGGAUAUGGAAGUCAUCCCCUGAGCUGCGUAAGCACGAGUAAGCUGCACCGGCUUGAGCCAUCACUGACUUUAGCCGAUAGCUCCGUUAGUAGGGUAUAGUGG